AUGAUAUUUUUGAAAGGGUUGUGGUUUUACGUUAUAACCCUCCUCAAUCUUAAAACUUGUUAUGGAUUCUUCCACUUCGAAGGCGAUCAUCAUCUGCGAGAUGUUUCACCGCCAAAAGGUGAAGUAAUAGUUAUUGACGAAGCUACGAUGACGCAGCCAUUGGACCACUUCGAUCCUGCGGAAAAUAGAACAUGGGAGAUGAAUUACCACUAUUUCAAUUAUAAACAUUUUAAACCUGGUGGGCCUCUUGUAUUGUACACAGGAGGCAAUCACCCCUAUAACAUUAAUCAGAUCGUCAAUUUUCUAAUCAUGAAUUUUGCAAAAGAAGUUAACGCUACCGUGAUGAUACCAGAACAUAGAUUCUACGGUAAAAGUGUUCCUAACGGCGAUAUGAGUGUAGAGAACUUGGCUUACUUAAGUUCGACGCAAGCUCUUUCCGAUUUGAAAAACUUCAUAGAAUAUAUAAAGCGUGAAGAUCUUUAUAAAAAUAGCAAAGUCGUUGUCUUCGGCGGUUCAUACUCAGGAAAUCUAGCCGCCUGGGCGAGGAUGUUGUAUCCCGAUUUAGUAGACGCAGCCCUAUCAAGUAGUGCUCCCCUGUUAGCUAAGUCAGAUUUUUAUGAAUACCUUGAUGUAGUUGGUGAUCUUUUCAAGAAAUAUGGAUCUUCUGCUUGUUAUGAGAAAGUAGCUGAAAUUUUCCAACGCUACGAAAAGUUACUAAAAUCUGACGAGGGAAUUGAGCAGCUUAAAAAAGAACAUAAAAUUUGCAAAGGGACUGAUAUGAAGGUCCUGGAAAACCAACAUACCUUUUUUUACUAUAUCUUAACACAUUUUACAUCUAUGGUACAAAAUCCAACACGGAUACAAAAUUACUGUAAUCAUACCAUCACUUCAAAUAGUAUUCAUGAUUGGAAGUGGAACAAGCAAUUGCAGUUUGAAAAUUCACAUCCCAUUUGUUUUAACUAUGACUUUGCCGAUAUGAUUGAAGAUAUAAAAGAAAAUUUUUAUUUCAAACCAUGGCUUUAUCAGACUUGUACCGAAUUUGGUUAUAUGCAAUCCACUUCAUCGAAUAAUCAUCCUUUUACAAAUAACUUACCGGUUUCAUUCUUUUAUAAAAUGUGUACAGACGUAUUCGGCCCAGAAUUUGAUCAGGCACGUAUGGAAGAUGGUGUUAAGAAAACCAACGAAAAAUAUGGUGGCCUGACGCCAAAUGUGGACAGAGUAGUUUUCGUUAACGGAGACAUGGACCCAUGGCACAAACUUGGUGUUUUGACAGAUCUUUCAGAUGAAGCUCCGGCCAGGGUCAUACCAGAUGCGGGUCAUUGUUCAGACCUCUGGCUUUUCGAUGAAGACGAUAAACCCGAAAAGGUUGCAGAGGUCAGAGAGUUUACGAUGAAGAAACUAAAGGAAUGGAUUGGAAUGUAACAUACUCUCUUUAUUAAGAUUGUUGUGUAUUUGGAUGCCACUCUCAGGGUUGACAUUUUAAUAUAAUAUUAUGUUUAUUCGGGAUGACCUCUAGAACUGUUUUUUCUUACGUGACACAAAGUUCCACGUGUCGAGAGACAG